UCCCUCGUUGAAUUGGAUGACAGGACUGGGAUGGCCUCUCGUGCUACAGUGUUGAACGGUUCGUCCGUCAGAGAAAGGAUGUGAGAAGAGGAGGCUUGCGGUUUCUGUAGCAUGCUGCUUUGUUAGAUUUGGUGUAUUUCGGACACCGGCUUUAUAUGCAAUGUAUUUGUGCUACAUGGAAUUCGUUUUUCCCAUUUGUGUUUUCUACCGGAUACAUUCUUAUAGCUUGGAAUCGAGUGUUUUCCUGUGCGGCUCCGUUCAUUGGUAAACUAGCGGUUGCAUCAGUCGACUGUCAAUCAAGUCUCGGCUCUCUGCACCUGGUAUUAAUUUAAAUUUGCCGGUGAAUUUUUGUGGACAUUGAGUUUUGGAGCAAUCCUUUUCGUUCAGCCUUUGGUAUUUCAAUAACCGAGAGUUUAUUGUGCAGCCUUAUUGACAAGGUAAGAUUGUAACCGUAACUCAGGCUACUGUACCCCUAGUUAUAUUAACAGCGGACUGUAUCCCCGGAAAAUUUCAACAUUGUAUCUUGACGGCGCAAGGAGGAACUAGCCUACAAGUACACUGCUCUCUCGAUUACUGUAUCAGUGAUUGCCAAAGCGUUGUUUGACAGCUGUGUUUGGGAACGAGUUGGACAAUAGGGCUUGCCUGGAGGAGCCAUCUGCUGUUGUUUUCUCCUGUGGAUAGAUCAAAACAUUAACAGAUCGAACAUGUCGCUCAGCAGAAGUAUUGAAUGGGAACACUUUGAGGAACGGGACAAAACGCACCGUUCAUCACGGGCUAACGGCUCGGGAUCCCAGUCAGGCUCCAGAGGCAACGGUCUCGUUCCCAGCCCGGCGCACAGCGCGCACUGUAGCUUUUACCGAACGCGCACGCUCCAGUCGCUCACCUCCGAGAAAAAAGCCAAAAAAGUGCGGUUCUACCGAAAUGGGGAUAAAUACUUCAAGGGUUUGGUGUAUGCCGUGUCCAACGACCGUUUUAGGUCCUUAGACGCCCUGCUUAUGGAGCUUACCCGGUCUCUCUCGGACAACGUCAACCUGCCUCAAGGUGUCCGGAGCAUCUACACCGUGGACGGCAGCAAGAAGAUUAGCAGCCUGGACGAGUUAGUGCAGGGUGAGAGCUACGUGUGUGCCUCCAACGAGCCCUACCGCCGAGUGGACUACACCAAGAACGUUAACCCUAACUGGUCAGUGGGCAUCAAGGCCGGCCAGUCCCGCUCCCUGUCCUCCCUCAGCACCCUGGUAAAGGGCGAGCUGCAGCGUAGCGACGCCAGCCUGGGCACCAGAGACUUCAUCAAGCCCAAGCUGGUGACGGUCAUCCGCAGCGGGGUCAAGCCCAGGAAGGCUGUGAGGAUCCUGCUGAAUAAGAAGACGGCCCACUCCUUCGAACAGGUGCUGACCGACAUCACGGACGCCAUCAAGCUGGACUCCGGGGCGGUCAAACGGCUCUACACACUGGAGGGAAAACAGAUCACCUGUCUCCAGGACUUCUUCGGCGAGGACGACGUGUUCAUCGCGUGCGGCCCAGAGAAGUACCGCUACGCCCAGGAUGACUUCCUGUUGGAUCACAGUGGUAAGGCUUCUGUAGCCUUUGUGACUGAAUGUCGGGUGCUCAAGUCCUCAUACUCUGCUCGCUCGCCCACUCCAACGAGGGCUGCUGGGAGCAAGAGCCCUGGACUCUCACGCCGUAUCAAGUCCCCUGGCAUGGUAAGAAGACCAAUCCAUUACUCCACCAGUAGCCAGUCUCCUGUUAAAUCCCCAGUCAAUGGUGUCCCCAGCAGUACGAUCUCCACCCCCAAGUCCACCAAAUCCAACAGCUCCUCCCCCACCAGCCCCCGAAGUAUACACAGCUUCAAGAUUCCGCCACAUCACACGUCUGCCACCAAUGUGAACGUGUCUUCACACGGUCUGGAGCUGGCCUAUAACAUGAGUCCUGAGGUUAACGGCAACAGCUGUAGCUCUAUCACAACCGUCCUGGAUAAGUACAAGGUCGGCAAGGUCAUAGGAGACGGAAACUUUGCAGUGGUGAAAGACUGUGUAGAACGGUCUACUGGGAAGGAAUAUGCACUGAAGAUCAUUGACAAGGCCAAGUGCAGUGGAAAGGAGCACCUGAUAGAGAAUGAGGUGGCAGUGCUGAGGAGAGUCAAACACCCCAACAUUAUCCAGCUGAUAGACGAGGUGGACACACCCACUGAACUCUACCUGGUCAUGGAGCUGGUCAAGGGUGGCGACCUGUUUGAUGCCAUCACGUCCUCCACUAAGUACACAGAGAGAGAUGCCAGUGUCAUGGUGUUUAACCUGGCUGGAGCCCUGAAGUACCUUCACAGCAUGAACAUAGUACACAGAGACAUCAAGCCUGAGAACCUGCUGGUGUGUGAGUACCUUGACGGCACUAAGUCUCUGAAGCUGGGGGACUUUGGUCUGGCCACUGUGGUUGAGGGGCCCCUGCACACCGUGUGUGGAACCCCCACCUACGUGGCCCCUGAGAUCAUUGCUGAGGCUGGUUAUGGUCUGAAGGUGGAUAUCUGGGCAACUGGGGUCAUCACUUACAUCCUGCUGUGUGGCUUCCCUCCCUUCCGCAGUGAGGACAACCUUCAAGAGGACCUGUUUGACCAGAUCCUGGUGGGACGACUGGACUUCCCUGCUCCCUACUGGGACAACGUCACGGACUCAGCCAAGGAGCUGAUUGGGCGGAUGCUGCAGGUGAACGUGGAGGCUCGCUACACGGCACAGGACAUCCUCUCUCAUCCCUGGGUCACGGAUGACAACAUGGAGAACAACAUGAAGAUGGAGGUGUCAGGUAAACUGAGGACACACUUCAACACAGCACCAAAGCCCAGCACAACCACAGCAGGAGUGUCAGUCAUCAUGAACACAGCUCUAGAUAAGAAGAGGAUCCAGCUGACUCGUCGCAGCCAGAGGCCCACAGCACCACCUCCGCCCCCGCCACCGCCUGGGAAGAAAGUAGUCACUUCUGCAGCCAUGCCAGUCAAGCAAGCCUCACCAGUCUCACCCAACUCCAAGCUGCCAGUACCCACCAAGCCUGCCCUGCCAGAGGAGGAACCCAAGAGUCCUCAGACUGAUGUGCCUGUCCCUGUAUCCCCUCCCAUCUCUCCUUCAACACCUACCAGACCUGUUACCUCUCCCUCUGUCCCUGUCUCUCCUUCCUCUCCUACCAAGCCUAACAUCUCUAUCUAUCCUACCUCCCCUACCAGGCCCAACAACUCUCCCUCUCCUUCCUCUCCUAUUAAACCUGUUAUCUCUCCCUCUCCUUCCUCACCUACCAAACCUGUUAUCUCUCCCUCUUCACCUACCAAACCUGUUAUCUCUCCCUCUUCACCUACCAAACCUGUUAUCUCUCCCUCUUCACCUACCAAACCUGUUAUCUCUCCCUCUUCACCUACCAAACCUGUUAUCUCUCCCUCUUCACCUACUAAACCUGUUAUCUCUCCCUCUUCACCUACCAAACCUGUUAUCUCUCCCUCUCCUUCCUCACCUACCAAACCUGUCAUCUCUCCCUCUCCUUCCUCACCUAUUAAACCUGUUAUCUCUCCUUCCUCACCUACCAAACCUGUUAUCUCUCCCUCUUCACCUACCAAACCUGUUAUCUCUCCCUCUCCUUCCUCUCCCUCUUCACCUACCAAACGUCAAAUGUCCCCUUCUCUUUCCUCUCCAACCAAGCUCCAUGCCUGUGCCUUCCCUCCUGCCUCGUAUAUGCCUGUUACUUGCCCCUCCAACUCAUCACCUUCCAAACGCAAAGCCUCCCCCUCUCCUCCUGCCCCUCUCUCUCCCUCCUCUCCUCCCUCUCUUUUUACCUGCCCCUCUCCCUCUGACCCUCUGUCUCCCUCUGCCUUUCCCAGCCCUCCCUCACCCCUGACCUGCUCCUCUCCCACCCCUCUGUCACCCGUUACCUGCUCCUCCCCAACCAUGCCCCCACCCCUGGUGGACGUUGAAGCUGCUGCUACUGCCAGAGAGCUGUGAGAAAUAAUGAUGGAUGAGAAGACUGGCUGCUGGACCAUGGUCUAAUUUGUACCUUUCCAGCCCCCUUACCUCCACACGCCGUAUCCCCAGACCUAUGAUUCGCAUGUAGGGGGCUAGAUACAGAUAGAACCUCCACCCCCAGUAACAGUAUAACAGCUGAUAUCCACUGCUGUAUCUUUCCUAGGCUCCCAAGCAGCAAAUGGCAAAAAAAACAAGUAAAAUGGCUCCUACAACCUACUGUACAAUUUCUGUAGAGAACCCAUCAUAUCCACGCUCCAAGAGGGAAGUUGAGGUGUUUUGUACAUUUUGGUUGAUUUGUAUAUAUGGUAUGUGUGUGUAUAUAUAUAUAUGGAGAAAACAGAGCGAGGCCUGGCUAGUUGGUGUUUGUGUGGUUUCAGAUGGGGUUUUCUGGAAUGACUUCUGAUCAUGUUUUAUUUAUUGUCUGUGGUUGUUUAGUAGACACGCACACACAUUGAUUAUGGGUAGAAGUGUAUUAUUUGGCGUGCUUGCCGUCUGUUUUAAGAUUAACUACUACUGUAGAUGUAUAUAGUAUUGUAUGACAGACACAAGGCAUCCGAAUGAAAGUUGAAGGUUUGAGUUUUUCUUCUCUUACCUGUAAAGCCUGUUUAUCAUUGGUCCGCUAUGGAGCCUGUAGUGUUUAACUGCUGAACACCAAAAGAGAGAUGCAACAGAGUAGAAGAUGAACGUGUCAAUGAGGAGAGGUGUGCCUGUGAAAAUAGCUGCCAGAUCAGGGGUGUGUUCAGGGCGGCAGGUAGCCUAGCGUUUUAAGAGCGUUUGGCCAGUAACCGAAAGGUCACUGGUUCGAAUCCCCGAGCCAACUAGGUGACAAAUCUGCCGAUGUGUUCUUGAGCAAGUCACUUAACCCUCAUUGCUCCUGUAAGUCGCUCUGGAUAAGAGCAUCUGCUAGAUGACAAAAAUGUAAAUGUUCAUUAGGCACAAAACGGACGAAAACAGACAAACAUGUCUGGACAUGUCCUGUAAGAAAUGCUCAUUUUCAACCCUCUGUUGCGAAACGUUUUUCAUUGUGUGCCCUAAUGAACCUGACCCAGUAGUUAGAGAUUCCUUUUCUGAAACCAGCUGACGGGAAACACUGGGAGCGCUAUCCCCUCAUAUACAAAUUUAUCAGUCCAGAUUUACCGGAUAAUAACAUGAGGCUGUUCCACUUUGUUGUUGUCUUUGUCUGUAAUGGUAAUGCACUUGUUUUAAAGUCCAUCGUUAAGUCCCAAAUCGCACCCUAUUCCCUAUAUAGGCCACUACUUUUGAACAGGGCCCAUAGGGUCAAAAGUAGUGCACUAUGUAGGGGUAUAGGGUACCAUUUGGGAUGCAGCCCGUAUCUCCUUACCUAGGCUACUGAAGUUGGUUAGUGUUUAACCCUUCGGAUAUUGAUAAUGGCUCCGAUGCACAGCACUACUACUCAAGGGGCUUUAGUUGCAUGCCGUGUUCCUCCCUCUGCCUCCCCACAAAACAGGUCACACACACACACACACACACACGUCAAGCUGGUACUAUUGUACGUAUAGUAGCUGUUCUGUUGUGUAAUGUUUAGUCAAACUACACUGUCAUCAUCAUAAUGCUUUUUUUUAUUGCAGUUUUAGUCUGGAUACGUGUAUGAAAAUUACAUUUCAAACAGGAAAAACACUCCUGUCAGCUUUGGCCAUCAGUUUUAGUUUGUACAGACAUUUAGCCACCAUGUGACUCCUUUAUCAUUUUGUAUUAGGAGCACAUUGGAGAACUUCAAACGCAAUAAAAAGUAUUAAAAUCA